AUGUCGUCGAUGCAAACAUUGACUGGUGGAGUUGGAGGACACAUCUUAGAAGAUGUGACUACUAUUGUUGGAUCGCCUACUUCUAGUUGUGUAAGUACUGAGGCAUCUGAGUGUUCUUCGUCAUCUAAUCGUCCAAGAAAGAAAUACGAAUGUGUACCAGAAUAUAUGAAAACAGCUCCAGAUUAUAUUGAUCAGAGAGUACGGAAUAGAAACGCGGUGAAAAGAUUUCGUGAAAAAUCGAAAACGAAAGCAAAGCAACUUGAGGAAGAAAAAGUCAGUUUAACUGCAUUAACAAAACUUUAUGAUAAUGAAUUGAUUCGAAUUAACCGUUCUAAGCAGCCGUUAUACAUAUUUAUAUUCGUAUCCACAUACUACUUACAAGUCAUGUCAGUAGUACACGUCAGCAGCAGUAGUUCAUCGACCAAGUAUUUCUCAUAAUGGUUAGAGUUCCAAACAACUAUUCUGUUCUUUUCAGAAGAGAGAAGGAACUCGAAUUACUACUCUAUCAACAUGCAGCUCAUAAAAAUAUUGUCAACCAACUUGAUAAAAUUUUACAAGCAGAUGCUCAAGCACGACUUGAUUUUCAAACAAAAAUCUCUCAUUUCAAAUCUUCCUGUAGUUCCACUUUGACGGAUAUAAUCAGUGAACAGUCUUGAAAGAAGAAAGAUGUCUGUUGUUAUUUUAUUCUAUUUGAUUAAUUUAUUAUUAAAUUGUUGGAUGAUUAGGCCGAAAAUAACAAUUUGUAAAUGAGAUUGUUUCAUAUUUCCCACAUAUAUAUAUUUUCCGUGUCUAUUUUCACUUAUUUACAUUAUAAUAUUGAUAAUAUUAUUUACUUUUGACUAUAUUAAUGUAAAUGUACUCUAGAAAAACAUUGAAUCUCACAUAGGGUUGCUCUAAAGGUAUAUUAAUUUUUACUGAUCCUGUUGACCAUUGAACAGUUGAAGUAACUACUAUAUUUAAUAGCGUAAAUUUGUUUUCUUUUUCUUGUCCGCUAUUGUACAUUUUUAUUGAUUUCUUUAGGAAUUAAAGGUCGUUUUGUGUGUCAUGAGGUUAAAAGUAGUUUAUCUGAGUUAUUUUUUUGCUUGUCUCUCUAGUCUACUUCACUUUCUCUGACCGUGUGAUUCGUUGUUUAACUAUAGAAGAAGAAACCAUUCGUUUUUACUGUAAAUAAAUACUUUUCAAGAUUUGUUUAACUUUACUGUUCAGCAAAUAAAUAAUGUGGUGACGUCACUCAUCGACGUGUGUAACGUUGUACUAUAAGUAAUGCAGA